CGUGUCAGCGUGUGCACGUGAGACUGCGCCGUGGGUUAGAGUUCGUUACGUAAGUCACAACCAAUGGUCAUAAUAACGUUAACGUUAGCUUUACCAAAGGCGAGCAGCUACAACGAAAGAAACGCGACAAACUCGGAUUCGACUGCAGACGGAUACACCUCCUCAACUAACGACGUGUUGUUAAGAAGAGAUCAACAUGAGCAGUUUUAGUCGACCAGACAGACACAGGACACCGCUGUUCACCAGGACACCACACCUUGGAACAUCCAAGCAUGACCUGGAGAGGGAUUCAGGCUUCUCAGAUGUCAGUUCUGAGUACCUCAGUACGGUUGAACUGACGGACUCUGAAGAUGUGGGAAGGAAUGGAUCAGUAGUCGGCCAGGAAGCGACUGGUCCGCAGGUGGCUGUAAUGGGAGGCUCAUACACUGGACUUUCUCCAAUGAUCAUCAUGAACAACUUUGUCUUAAAGCAGCCUUCCUCCAUGACUCCAGCAGAGAAACAGUGGGGCUUCCCUUCACCAUUGGAAGUGAUGCCUCAGUCACAGGUGGUUCUUCUUCAACCCAUGGUCCCGAAUGGCAGCAGCAGCAGCAGCAGCAGCAGCUCUCCCAAGACGGGCUCUGAAAAUACCCGACAAUCAAAAAGCUACAUGCCCAUCCUCAAGUCGUAUCCCAAGAUCGCCCCGCACCCCGUCGACAGGCCCACCAAGCGAGUGGGAUCCUCGAGAGUCAGGGGGAGCGGCACGUCAGGAUACGACCAGCGUCAGCGGAGGCACCAUCACAGCCACAGGCCCUACAGUUCCCCGAGUCCGCUGCCAGCAGCGCAGACGACGACGACAGCCCAACCAGCCGCCAACUUCGAGGCGGCAAACAACCAAGCGCAGUCGGCCGAGAGUCAGGAGCAGCUUGCUGACAAGUCUCUAUCUUCACUAGCAAGGAGCGUCUCGCUGCCUUCCUACGCUAAUGAAUUCAGGACUGUGACCGACAGCAGCAGGAUGGAUGACGACGAUUACCAGGACGUCCUGUCGGACCACAGCACCAAACUGAAACGCUUCAGCAAUACCUACAACAUUCUCAGCAAGUCGGGCCUGCUGGGGAUCACCAUGCGCACAAAGCAGCUGAUCAAGGAGAAUAAGCACACGCAGGGACAGCUGCAGCAGCUUCAGGAGCAAACAGCUCUCCUGCUGGAGGCUCUGAGCAGUGGAGACCCACAGCUGUGGACUAAACUCCAGCUGUCUCUGCAGGACACGGAAAAGGAGCAGUGGGGCACCAAAGCUCAGAGGGUCCUGGCAUAAUACGUGGAACGGCAGUUUCGAAUCCGAAUGCAGGAGAAUGAGUCGAGACGAAUAAAGAGAAAUACGUAACGAAACCUUUGGCAACAAUCUGACCUAAACUACGAGAAUUCACACUUUGAUCAGGCGGCGAAAAGUACGGAGCAAGAAGGCAAAGUAGAGCUGCUGGUUUGAAGCUGAAGCACAGCCACUAUUCAGAGAUGGGAACUACAAAGCAUGCUUAUAUUCCAAACCCAUGCCUAUAACAAUAUAUUUUUUUUUGCCUCUGCUGUUUCAAAAUAGCAAGAAUCACUUGCAAAUAGGGCUAUAGCUUCUGUGUGUCGACCUCCUAAAUACAUGAACGCAUGCCUUACAGCACAUGCAGAGACAGAUGCGGUAAUUUCCUUAUUGAGGCCGUGAAUGUUACUGCUGUAGAGAAAAUAUGAGCAUACAUUCUACUUUUUAGAUCAGAUAGAAAACCUGAUGGAUACACAUCCAUCAUGCAUCUUUAAUGACCAGACCAACUUGUCGGGUUUUUUUUUUCUAUAGCUUUCAAGAAAAUGAAUCUCUAUGAGCUUCUUUUGUAGGGAAGUGUGUGAUACUGACAGCUUGUUUUUCAUUGUUUGACAUUGUUUUGUUUUUGUAUACAUAUAUAGAUUUAUUAUUUAGUGUCGGUUAUUAUUUAUUUACUGCAACGCUUUUGACCAAGACUAAAGCUUUGUGAAUAAAGUAAAAAGAAAAUUUUUAAAAAAAAAGUAAGAUUAUUUUGCCAGUUUACUCAUAGAGUUACUUUCUUGUUUGGCAAGAGUUGAUAAAGGGUUAUGUGGACUUGCAUAGUAGCAAUUGCUGUAGCCAUAUAAUUGUCUUGCCUUGGGAUCCGUUGCUGCCAUCUUCAUUCCUACUGUUUUAAUAUGAUGUACAGUAAUAAUAAUUGAAACUUUAAGACGAAAAAAUACAGCUAAACAUUUAGCUUCAUAUUACGGACUCUUGGUCUUUAGUCACAAAGUUACUGAGGUGUUUCUCAAAAUGAGCAUCGAUAGAAUAAUGUGAAUAGAAAUGUUGAUCUGGAUGCCUGUGCCUUUUCAAUAUGUUUGUACUUAAUAUCAGUGCUCGAGCAGCUUCUUUUAUGAGCUUCACGUGGAAGAGAGUUGAAUGUUCCUGAGGGUCUCCAAAGAGUUCCUGUUCUUUGUUGAAUUUGUAAAACUAACCACUCGGAUACAAAGUGUCUAUGUGAAAACAUCAGCACAAAUGGUUAACUUUUAUUUAUUUGAGCGACUAAACACUACUGUUGUGAUGUUUCCUGAAGUUGAACCCUCUCAAAAUGGCACUGAAAGGAGGAUGACAAGUUACUUUUUGGAUAAUUGUUCUUCUGUUAUUGUGAAGUUGGCUUUGUGUAUCUUUCCUUCAGAGGAAGUCACCCAGUGAGACUGUUGAUUUCUUCUCAGUCAUUUAUUGCACUUCUCCAGCUCAGAGUGUGUCAUUAUUAAAGAUGAAAUUUGA